GCGGGCAGCGGCGGAGAGGGGGAGCCGGCGUGCGGGGCGAUUUCCCGGCGCGCUCCAUGUGAUUGCGCCAGAGGUUGCCAGCUGGGCGCUAUUUAACACCGCCGCUGCCUUCUGGAGAGCGCUGCCGGGGGCCGCGCGCUUAAGGAGACAGCCGGGCGGGGAACUCGCUGUCCGAAGUGGGCUUCCCUGCGCCUUUGCUCUGCGCGGGAGAGAGAGAUGUUGGAGAGCCGUCGGCGCUGGGCGCUGCUGUUCCGCGAGCCCCGAGAUCGUCUCCAAACGCCUGGGCUUCUUGCAGACUCGACGGCUUGGUGAGCAGCGCGGGGCUCCGGCCAUGCGUUGCUGGCGGGGUCCGGGAGCUGCGGCUGUCGAGUAAUUCGGGCUGACUUGCGGGAGGCGAAGGGAGAGAGGAGGAGGAGGAGGCGCGCAGUCGCUCGCCAGCACCUUGUCCGCCGGCCCGGCUGCCCUCGCCAGCCUGCGCCAUGGUGAAGGAGGAAUGCAAAGCGCUGCUGGACGCGCUCAACCGGGUGACCGCCUGCUACCGGCAGCUGGUGCUGACCGUCGGGGGCACCUCGGACUCGCAGAACUUGCGCGAGGAGCUGAAGAAGACCCGGCAGAAAGCCCAGGAGCUGGCGGUGGCCAACCGCAACAAGCUGACGGCGGUCUUGAGGGACAAGACCAUCAGCAAGGAGGACCGGGCGGAGUUCGAGCGGCUAUGGGUCCUCUUCACCUCCUGCAUGGAGAUCCUGGAGACCGACAUGAAGCGGGCCCUGGAGCUGGGCCAGGAGUUCCCCCUCAAUGUACCCAAGAAGCACCUCAUGCAGACGGGCAUGAGCGGCGGCACCUCCGGCGUGGCGGCCCGGGCCAUGAGCGUCCAGAACAUGAAGUACGAGGCCGACCACAACAUCGACGUGGUGGAUCUGAAGGACCUAGAGAACGAGAUCAACCAGGUUGGCGAGAUGAUGUACGAGAUGGAGAUGAAAGUCAACGUCCCGCAGUGGACGGUGGAGGCCAAGCAGGACCCCGGGGCCGAGCUCAACUCCGCCAUCAGCGUGGCCGCCUCCUCCAUCGGCAUGAUCGAAGUGGAGAGCAAGUCCUUUUGCAACGCUCGCAAAGUGCUCGCCGUCGUCAUUUUCACCGCCGUCCUCCUGGUUGCCAUCGUCCUGGCAGUGUGUGUGGUCAAACUCUCCUAAGGCUGAGGUGCAAGACCCGGGGAAGAUGGUUUCCCCUCUCUCCUCGGGCAGGGGGAAAGAGAGGGUAAGGGGUUUUACACCCGGAGAAUACAGGGAGGGGUUUUUGCUGAGCCAAGGAUGUACCAGAGUGGAUCUCCCUGCUGGAGUGGGGAGGUGGUGGCUGAACAGACCCUAAGUGGGGAGGGGAAGGAUCCUUCUUUGCAAUAUUCUAGCUUUAAAGAACAAUUGAUACACGAUACACCUCCGUUUGCAAACAGGGAAAAAACCCCCACAGGGUGCACAUGGAUGCCAUGGGACUUACUUCUGAGUAGGCAUGCCUAGGGUUGAGCCAGGUACCUGUUUGCUGGGCUCUUUGUGGUUAAUAAUAUGUGGGUAUUAAAACUGCCUGCUGGAGCAGGGAUUUAACUGC